AGCAGCUGGAAAUGACAAGAUAAAAUAUAAAUAACAACAAAACGCCCGUUCUUUUCCUCACGCAGCAUUGCGCCCUCUAAAAAACCCUCCAACGCUUCUAUUGCGUGAGUUGCAAAAAUGAGCCAACAGAAACCAUCGACAAAAUCAACGACCAGGGUCACCGAUGCUGAAGAAACCACCGGCCUGGUUUUAAACACGGAUCCAAAAGUUGUCACCAAAGCGGCCGAAUUGCUUCAACCGAUCCGUACGGAAGUGGUGGACAAGAACCUCGACAAGGUGCUGGAGGCGGUGAAGACCGUGGACCUGACGUGCGAUUUUAAGGGCUGCAAGCAGAAGACGAACCUCGUCGGGACGGACUGCUCUUUCUGCAAGGAUCGGUUCUGCUUCAAGCACAGUCUGCCGGAGAUUCAUGGCUGCGGCGAGGCGGUCAAACGCAAGGAGCGGGAACUGUUUCUGCACCCCAUGACCGGCAAAGCGAAAGCGGAACAGUACGAGAAGCAGAAGGCGCAGGUGCGGCUAACCCAGAAGCUGAAGCAAAUGUCACUGGAGCGGAAGCAGAAACCAUCGUCCGGGGGGAGCAGCAAAACGGGCGGAAGUACUGCCAGCUCCACCAGGGGUGGCGCUUCCUCUAGCAGAGGGCGGAAGCGAACCAACAACCCAUGAAAACGAAAUGUGGUACCGUUUCGAAAAUCUUUAUUUAUUACGAUCCUAAGUGUAUAAGUAAAUGUUUCUUUUUUUGUGUAGCAGUAAUAAAUCGACACGCGCGGGCCGUUUGUAACUGAA